CUUCUUAUCGGCAGUCAGUUCUCAAGCGCCAAAACAAACUUCAAGACUCCGGAGUCGCUCCAGUCGUGUGAUAAGUGCAACAAAAACCAACCCAGUCAGAUACCCAUCAGAAAAAAAUGGCAUCGUUCAAAGCUACCAUCCUCUUCGCCGUCAUUGCCCUGUUCGCCCUCGUAUCCGCCAUCCCAGCUCCACAGCAGCCAGCGGCCCGGCAACCGAUUGCUCCCCGCCCAGCCGGAGUUGGCCCCGCUCCAGCCGAUGACCUGGAAGCUGCCUCCGAAGACAAGGACCUGAAGGGUGCGUCCUCGUUCGGCUACGGAUACUACGGCUACCCCGGCUACUACGGUGGAUACUACGGUUAUCCUGGAUACUACGGAUAUGGUCGUGGAUACCCAUACUACCGCUACGGAGGAUACUGGUACUAAACGAGUCUGUCUCCUUCAUCGAUCCCCUUCCGUGUCCUGCGACAGGCCACGCCCGUGUUUCGUACCUGUGCUAUCCAUUUCCGGCUUCAUUCUUCCACAUGUUCUUCCAUCGCAUACUUGAUCCACACCAUUCAGGCGCGAGUCAGUGCGCCAACGGCUAACAAUCCAAAGGAUUCGCAGUACUGCUAUGGCUUUGUCGUGAGCCGCCUUGUUCGAUAAUACCUCCCGUGCCUCCAUUGCAUCGACGACAGGCAGGACCCGUAGUGGAGUUCCCUUUCAACUCUGCCUCUUGGCAAACGAACUGGAAGCCACACAUGGGUCCUCGUUCCGUACGGUUUGCAAUGGGGAAGCCGUUUCUCCUUUGUUGUACUUAGCAUCAGAUUUUGUGUAUUCCAAAUGCUGCCGAAUUUAUGAGAAAAUGAUAAAAAAAAACUUUUGUAUAUACCUUCUACGUUUUCUAAUAAAAAAUAUUUAACUGAA